GGCGGGAGGAGGCGGCGCCUCUUUGUGCGGCCGCGGCCGGGGAUGCCGCCCGCCGCCUGAGCCCGCAUCGCGCCCGCAGCCCGGGGCCGCCGCCCGGAUCGGGGCCGCGAUGUCUUCGCGCACGGCCCUGGCGCCCGGCAACGAGCGCAACGCGGAGGCGCUCUCCACGCUGGGCAGUAGCCGGUCGGAGAAGGGCUCAUCGUGGUCCAGCCGGUCGCUGGGCGCCCGCUGCCGCAACUCCAUCGCCUCGUGCCCCGAAGAGCAGCCGCACAUCGGCAACUACCGCCUGCUCAAGACCAUUGGCAAGGGCAACUUCGCCAAGGUCAAACUGGCACGGCACAUCCUCACUGGCCGGGAGGUUGCAAUAAAAAUCAUCGACAAGACGCAGCUGAACCCCACAAGCCUGCAGAAGCUCUUCCGGGAGGUGCGGAUCAUGAAGGGCCUGAACCACCCCAACAUUGUGAAGCUGUUUGAGGUGAUAGAGACAGAGAAGACGCUCUACCUGGUGAUGGAGUAUGCUAGUGCUGGUGAAGUCUUUGACUACCUCGUGUCGCACGGGCGGAUGAAGGAGAAGGAGGCCCGGGCCAAGUUCAGACAGAUCGUCUCAGCUGUGCACUACUGCCACCAGAAGAACAUCGUCCACCGGGACCUGAAGGCCGAGAACCUGCUGCUGGACGCGGAUGCCAACAUAAAGAUCGCUGACUUUGGGUUCAGCAACGAGUUCACACUGGGCUCAAAGCUGGACACGUUCUGCGGCAGCCCCCCCUAUGCCGCGCCUGAGCUCUUCCAGGGCAAGAAGUACGAUGGCCCUGAGGUCGACAUCUGGAGCCUUGGCGUCAUCCUCUACACCCUUGUCUCUGGCUCCCUGCCUUUCGAUGGCCAGAACCUCAAGGAGCUGCGCGAGCGGGUGCUGCGGGGCAAGUACCGGGUGCCCUUCUACAUGUCCACGGACUGCGAGAACAUCCUGCGACGCUUCCUGGUGCUGAACCCGGCCAAGCGCUGCACCCUGGAGCAAAUCAUGAAGGACAAGUGGAUCAACAUUGGGUAUGAGGGCGACGAACUGAAGCCCUACAAGGAGCCAGAGGAGGACUUUGGGGACACCAAGCGCAUCGAGGUGAUGGUGGGCAUGGGUUACACCCGUGAGGAGAUCAAGGAGUCCUUGAGCAGCCAGAAGUACAAUGAGGUCACGGCCACCUACCUCCUGCUGGGCAGGAAGACAGAGCAGGUGGAGGGCGGCGAGUCCCGCACAGGCAGCAGCCUGUCUCUGGCAAGGGUGCGGGCGCCCAGCGAGGUCUCCAACGGCUCCAGUAAGGCCUCGUCUCACAGCAAGAGCCAGCGCAGCACCUCCACUUACCACCGCCAGCGACGGCACAGUGACUUCUGUGGCCCAUCGCCAGUGCCGGCACACCCCAAGCGCAGCCCCACGAGCACAGGCGAGGCAGAGCUGAAGGAGGAGCGCAUGCCACCACGCAAGGCCAGCUGCAGCAUGGUGGGCAGCGGGCGUGGCAUCCCCCCCUCCAGCCCCAUGGUGAGCAGUGCCAACAAUCCCAACAAGGCUGAGAUCCCCGACCGGCGCAAGGACAGCGCUGUCACCACGAACAACAUCCCAUCGAGUGUGAUGACACGGAGGAACACAUAUGUGUGCACCGAGCGCCCCGGCACUGACCGCCACUCCCUGCUGCAGAAUGGCAAAGAGAACAGCUCUGUGAGUGCCCGGGUACCACCGGCCUCGCCAUCCAGCCACAGCAUCACGGCAGCCUCGUCGGCCGAGCGAGCACGCCUGGCGCGGGGCUCCAGUGUGCGCAGCACCUUCCAUGGAGGGCAGGUGCGGGACCGGCGCGGCACCGUGCAGAACGGGCCGCCCACGUCACCCACGCUGAGCCAUGAGGCCGCCCCCGCUCCCCACAGCCGCAGCCGCGCCACCUCCAACCUCUUCAGCAAGCUCACCUCCAAGCUCACCCGCCGGGUCACACUGGACCCAUCCAAGCGACAGAACUCGAACCGCUGCGUCUCGGGUACCUCCCUGCCGCAAGGGGCCAAGAUCAGGUCGCAGACAAACCUGAGGGAAUCAGGAGACCUGCGCUCACAAGUGGCCAUCUACCUGGGCAUCAAGCGGAAGCAGAACCCUGGCUGCUCCGACGUCCCAGGAGUGUGACAGUGACAAGCGCCCUGCCCGCCGCCCCCGCCUUGCCCAGCUGCCUGCGGAGGCCGAGGGUCUGCACUGCCACCGUCCCCACCUCAAAGCGCCGUGUCAGAGCUGGGACCUGUGCACAUCCCCAGCGCCGCUGACUCUCUGGCCCAUCAGGAUGGGGCUAGGACGUCACCGCAUUGCCAGAUGCCUCCACCUCUGUCUCCAGCACCGCCCACCCUCCCCAACCAAAGCACCAGGCUCUGACCACCAUAGGGCCCCUCUGCAGGCCACAGCCCCAGAGCGGGUCCAGCGCCAGGGCCUGGGUGUGAGGCUAGGCCCUGGCAUGUGCUGGGCAUAGUCCCCACCCUGCCUCCUGGCCCAGGGCCGUGGGGACUGGAGGGGCAGCCCAGCUUUCCCCGAUAGGCCCUAGGCCGUCUGGGCACCGAGCCAUUUCCUCGGUGGGCACUGGAUAGGGCAGCUCCUGGGGCAGGUGGCCAUAGCCUCAUGGUUGGGGUACAGGGAUGACCUGGGGCUGGGGCUGGGGGUGCCCAUGCAGUGGAGGGGUGCUUGGGGCAGGCAGGUUGGGGCGGGGGGUCCUGCCUGGGGCACGUGGGGGCUGUGCUGGGCUAUCAGGGCUCCCCCUGCCUCCAGCAGGCCCUGGUGCCAAGUCCAUGCUGGGGGAGGGGCCGCACUCCGGGGAGGCUGGCCCUCCAGGGGUGGUGGGGACGGGCUACUGGGGUGUUCUGGCCAGGGGCUUUGGGGGGGCUUGGGGAUCUGGGUGUGUGGAAGUCCUUGCCCCGCCUUCCCCAGGGAGGGGCACUGGGGUCCCAGCUGGAGUGGGAGGAUGCCCUGGCCCCAAUCCCCCCGUCUGUGGGGAUCCAGUGCAACCCCUCCCCUCCCCUGUCCGCCUGGGUGGCGCAGCCCUGUACAUAGGUGUAGUUUGUCCCUGUAGCCCCCACUCCCCAUGCCGCCCCGAGCCCUGGGACGUUUUUAAGUUAUUGCGGCCCUGGCGCGACGGCCUGUACCCCCCCACCCCCAAAUAAACAUAGGAGAGUC